CUUCGGCAUCCCACAAUGCUCUGCCCCUCUCCUGCCCUCGCGCUUCGCCAAUCCCACAAUGCGCUGCUUCUCCACUCUCCCACAAGACCCCCCCUCGUCCGCCCCACAAUGCCCUGCUGCCGGCCUCCUUCCUCCCCCGUGAGCGGCGGGGUCUGUCCCUGUAGCGGGAAGAUGGCGGACACAAUGAGCAGAAGCCGCCGCUCCGCAGCCUGAGCCGACCCCGCCUGAGAGCGCUGCCCGCCCGUGCCGAAGCCGCCUGCCAGCGACGCGCGGCCCCUGCCCGAGACCCGCGCGCGUCAGGCUCCCGCCCGGCUUCCCUUUCCCGCUGCUUCGCAGGCCCCGCGGCCUCUAGGCCGCCGCCCGGCUCCUCACGUUCACCGGCGUCCUCCGUGCCCUGCUCCCGCUGGGCCCCGGCUGGCUCCUUAGACCCCACUCGCGCCGCCCUAUCCCUCGCGGCAUGAAGCUAACGGACAACGUGCUGCGGAGCUUCCGCGUGGCCAAGGUCUUCCGCGAGAACUCGGACAAGAUCAACUGCUUCGACUUCAGCCCCAACGGCGAGACCGUCAUCUCCAGCAGCGACGACGACUCCAUCGUGCUCUACGACUGCCAGGAGGGCAAACCAAAGAGAACACUGUAUAGUAAAAAGUAUGGAGUGGACCUAAUCAGAUACACACAUGCUGCCAACACUGUGGUGUACAGCUCCAACAAAAUAGACGAUACAAUCCGUUACCUCUCCCUACAUGAUAAUAAAUACAUCCGAUAUUUUCCAGGGCACAGCAAGAGAGUGGUUGCCCUGUCCAUGUCUCCAGUGGAUGAUACCUUUAUUUCUGGAUCACUUGAUAAAACCAUCCGACUUUGGGAUCUCCGGUCUCCAAACUGCCAGGGUUUAAUGCAUCUUCAGGGGAAGCCUGUAUGCUCCUUUGACCCAGAGGGCCUGAUCUUUGCUGCUGGAGUCAAUUCUGAAAUGGUGAAGCUCUAUGAUCUCCGCUCUUUUGACAAGGGUCCAUUUGCUACAUUCAAGAUGCAGUACGAUCGAACCUGUGAGUGGACAGGCUUGAAGUUCAGUAACGAUGGGAAGCUUAUCCUCAUAUCAACCAACGGAGGGUUCCUUCGACUGAUUGAUGCCUUCAAGGGAGCUGUACUGCAUACGUUUGGGGGUUAUAACAACAGUAAGGCUGUCACGUUGGAGGCAUCAUUUACACCAGAUUCCCAGUUCAUAAUGAUUGGUUCAGAGGAUGGAAAAAUUCAUGUCUGGAAUGGAGAGAGUGGGAUGAAGGUGGCUGUGUUGGAUGGGAAACACACAGGUCCUAUAACCUGUCUGCAGUUCAAUCCCAAAUUCAUGACCUUUGCCAGUGCGUGUUCAAACAUGGCCUUUUGGUUGCCAACCAUAGAUGACUAAUUCUGAAACCACAAUGCCCGCUGGGUGGCUUCCAUACUGUUAAUAGCAGCGUGUUCUUGCGAAGAUGGUGUCGGAGCUGCCUACUCCUCCUGGACUAUAUGUUCUCAUCCAUCAUACCCCAUACGUUCCUGUAUGUCGUCUUUUUUUUUUUUUUCUGCAUUCCUUCAGGAGGACUCCUUCAUUUGACUUCCGAGAGUCUGAUCAUGCUGUACCCAGAAGCUGGGUGCAGCAGGUAGCUACUUUCCAGUCAAAGUCCAAUAGGUUCCAGCAGAACUUGUAACUGGCACAGUGUUACUUUUGAGAACGUGGUGGAGAAAUAACGGAAAGUCUGAUUUUUAUGAAGUUUGCUGCAGUCUCUAAGGUGUAAUUGUGUUUUGUUCUCUUACUAUAAACACACAAGGCUACAGACAAACUGCGGUGGGUGAGUGGGACGUACAGUUCUGUCCCACACCUGCAUGUUUAUCACGCCUGGGAUCUCUACAGCGUCACUGUUGAAUUCUACAAAUACAAACUUCAUUUGUGCCAAAUACAAGCAGACUGACUGUUUUUAACCCAAAUGUCAGAUGCACAGAGAUUUCUUUUGCUAUUGAACACUUAGGCAAAGGCUGCAUAUUCGCAUCAUGGCAUCCAUCAUCAAUUUCUGGUGGUCUAGUGUCUGGAAGACCAUACAGGUUUUGCCUGCUGGCCGAGAAAGCUUGAAGCAGCCUCUGUGCCAUUCAUCAUCCAAGGCACACAGAGUACUGAAGAGGUCCGGUGGGCAUCUCAAGCAAUAAAGGAGUCUGUCAGCAGGAAAACAAUUAAAACAAAGACUGAAACUGCAGUAGUCUCCAAUACAUCUUCCUUCUGUAUCAUCUUUGCUGAUCUUACUUGUAAAUAUUUUGCAGGGAGGAUAAUAGGGAAGGGUCAUAUUUUUUUACUUUUAGGUAUUAAAGAGUAUGAUGUGGGCCAGUAUUGUGGGAUGAGUUCAGGCUGUUUACCUUCCAUUGAUGCAGCUUUCUCCUCCUGUUCUGUAAAUAAGUUCCAUUAAAUUCUCUCCAAACUGGG